UUGCCUUCAAAGACUGUCAGCUUCACCUCUCGCUCCAGCUUCUUUCUCCAUGAUGAAGUCAGCAGUUCUGGCUUUUUUGGCCCUGGCCACAUCUACGUGGGCUUUCUCUAAUGAUAAUCAAGCAAAAGUAAGUCAAGUAAAAGGGACAGAGAUUAACUGCAGUCAAUAUUUUGUGGCAAAGGGCUCUGGUUUAGCAUGUCCAAGGAUCUUUAAGCCAUUAUGUGGUACUGAUGGAAAUAAUUACGGCAAUGAAUGCAUGCUCUGUUCUUCUAAUUUGGAGAAAAAACAGAAUAUCAGAAAGCUGCAUGAUGGAUAUUGUAUUCAGUGUCCAAAAGAAGUACAGCCCAUGUGCACCCUUGAAUAUAUGCCCCACUGUGCUUCGGAUGGAAUGGUUUAUCCCAAUAAAUGUAACUUCUGCAAUGCUGUUGUGCAAAGCAGGAAUCGUAUAACCUUAAAAAAUUUUGGAGAUUGCUGAGGUUCAAGAGCAGUAUGUUUGCUAUCUAGAAGCUUCCUUGUUUGGACCCCACACAUAAUCCUUUGGUUACCUCUCACCUGAUUUUGACUAUGGUUCCUGACUAUUUUCUGAUUUACAACAAUAAAUACUUUUCUGCAUGACUUCUAUGGAAAA